UAACAACUGGAAUUAAUUCACCAAACAAAUCUAACAAUUUUGAGAUUUCUGAUAAUUAUAUAGUAAAAACUACUUGGGGACACAGUAAAAAUAAAGAACAAUACAUUGUUCAAUUAAAUAUAAGAACAAAAAAAUCUGAAUUUACAAUUAAUUAUAGUGAUGAGUUUGCAGAAACAGUAACUUCAACAUUAUCAGCAUCAAAUACAACACUUAUUUAUCAACAA